UCGACGUGAGGUACUAGUACUACUACUCGCGAUGCUUCUCUCUCCCCGUCUCCUCAUCUGACAUGGCUAUGGCAUAGGUGUACUACAGCUACAUUCAUCCAGUCCACACGACGAGAAUAGACGGCUCGCAUUUGCGCGGCCCUUCCCACCUCUCCCACCACAGACACUACCGCCGCCUCUUCCCCACCUCUCCCACCCACCACGGACACCGCGCCGCCUCCUCACUGCCGCUACAGUGCCACUUACUUCACUUCAGCUCGAUUUGUUCAAAAUGGAGAUCCUCGAAUCGGCCCUGCUGGGCGAGUUCAUCCGCUACAUCAAGUCCAACUGGUCGGCGCACUCGCGGGUGGACCAGCGCCGGCGCCGCCUGCGCCAGCUCGUCUCCAAGGUACGCGCGGUGGUCGACGCCGCCGAGGGCGGCGCGGGGGCGGCCGUGCGGGACGAGUCGUUCUCGGCCUGGCUGCAGGUGCUCCGGUCCGAGGCGGUGCGGGGGCAGGAGGUGCUCGACGAUGUGGCCCGCGCCACGGCCGUCGCCAGCUCCGCCCGCCGCUUCCUCGCGGGCUUCAAGGCGCUCUUCGUCUGCAGCGCCGAGGUGGACCGCCUCGAGGGGGCCGUCGACCAGCUCGAGCUCCUGGCGGGGCCAGGAGGCGACCUCGACAUGUUCGUCAGGGUGCUCAGCCUCGACGCCGCCCGGCCCGCCGCCACGGAAGAGGACAUGGACGUCGACGGCGGGCGCCCCCCGGCACCCGGUGCUCGCCACCAGCAGGAGGGGAGCGGCUGCAGCUGUGGAUGCGCGGGCACCGUCGCGCCCCUCCUCGCCUCGCCUGGCGCUAAAAGGAAGCGCGCUUGCGGCGGCGGCGGCGGCUCGGGUGUCGACUCCGGCUCGACGUCGCGCGGCGAGGUCGACGCGGUGCAGCCGCAGAAGCGGCGGCACCUGGCGUGGAUGCGGUCGCACCAGGGGCUCCCGUCUGCCUCCGGCAGGGUCUCGUCCGCACCUCGUGAACCGCCGCCGGCGGUGUUGUCCCGCUCGCGUCGCGCACGGACGGUGGCAUUGGCGAUGUCUAGGAUUCGACGCCGCAUCGGGAAGCCGACGACGACGAGCCACCGGCGGGAGCCCAGCCUCGGACGGCAGUUCUCGCGGAUUACGCUGUAGGCGAGGAAGCGACUUGGGUGAAGGGAGGUAGGCUAUCGCCCAUGAUUUCUUACUGCAUUUUGCAAAAUUAUGGGAUUCCUCUAGCAAUUAGCCUACUGGUAGCGGCAGUUCUUCAUCUUUGAAUUAAUUUAGAAUCAAUGAACCUAGCAGUAGCAGCAGCAGCGUAGUAAGUACUAGUACUUCUGUAGUUUGUGGUAGAUUCAAGCUGCACUUGUGAGCUGUGACUCCAGCUUGUAUUUGCUAAUUCUACUGUUGGCUGAGACGGGCCGAUGGAUAACGUAAGAUCUUUGUCCUGUCUCCUGUA